GUACUAAUUCAAUUUCUCUCAUCCCUGCAAAAUAAUCAAAAGUCUAAUUCAAUCUUAUUACCAGAUAACAACAAUGGCGGAAAUGUUGGGAAAGGAUUUUCAGACAGUAAACAGAAGAAUCGCCUCUGUCGCCGGUCAUCUCAUUCCAUCCCAAAACCCCAACCAAAAUCACACCACCACCACCACCAUCGCCGCCGCAAAUUGCAGCUCCGGUUUCGACGAUACGUACCACCGCGUCCACGGCCAAGUCCCCACCCACAUCCCGGAGUGGACGCCGGCGAUGGACGACGCCGGCGCCGCCUUCACCGACAUUCUCUACGAGAAAGCCGUCGGAGAAGGCAUCGCUAAGAUAACGAUUAAUCGGCCGGAGAGAAGAAAUGCUUUCCGGCCACAGACGGUGAAGGAGCUGAUUCGAGCAUUCAACGAUGCCAGAGAUGAUAACUCCGUCGGAGUUAUCAUUUUCACCGGCAAGGGUACUAUGGCAUUUUGCAGUGGAGGAGAUCAAUCACUCCGAGGCAAAGAAGGUUACGCUGACUUCGAUAAUUUCGGUCGCCUCAAUGUUUUAGAUCUCCAGGUCCAAAUCCGUCGCCUCCCCAAGCCAGUGAUAGCAAUGGUUGCAGGGUAUGCUGUGGGGGGUGGACAUGUGCUCCACAUGGUAUGUGACUUAACAAUUGCAGCUGAUAAUGCUGUUUUUGGUCAAACAGGACCUAAGGUUGGAAGUUUCGACGCUGGUUUCGGGGCAUCGAUAAUGUCUCGUUUGGUAGGGCCGAAACGAGCGCGCGAAAUGUGGUUUAUGGCGAGGUUUUACAGUGCAGCUGAAGCAGAGAAAAUGGGACUUGUGAAUACUGUUGUUCCUGUGGAGAAGCUUGAAGAAGAAACAAUAAAAUGGUGUAGAGAGAUAAAUAGGAACAGUCCAAUGGCAAUUCGUCUAUGUAAAUCAGCUAUCAAUGCAGCUGAUGAUGGCCAUGCUGGACUUCAGCAAAUUGCGGGAGAUGCGACGCUACUGUUUUACGGAACAGAGGAAGGUACGGAAGGGAAGAAUGCAUACUUGCAACGCAGGAAACCAGACUUCUCGAGAUUUCCUCGGCUUCCAUGAUUUUUUGUCUGGAGAAACAAUUGCCAUGCAAGCUUUCGUCUUAUUUAUAUGCUUACAAUAAUUACGCUGAAUAAUUAAUUGGUCGAGGAAAAUAAAGCUGUAACGAAGGCCGACCAGUUUCCAGUUUUCGUUUCGUCGUUAUGUUUUCCUGUUACAAAUUACAGACAAUUGGCAUCUCUGCCUUGUUUCUGUCUUCAACUUCUAUAGCAAGAGCAAAAAUUAUUUUGAUUUUAUAUAUAAA